UGUGGCCAUCAUAGCUUCUGUGUGCUUUGGCCCCAACGGUCCUGUUUCAUUCGUACUUUUACUUUUAAAGUAUUCAACAAUGUUGAGGUAUUUUUGCUUUUUGGCGGUGAUUUUGGGGGUGAGAUCGGCUUCCGCCCCGUUCCUCACACCCUGCAAGAAAGGCGACAGUGCCUGCAUCAUCGCGUCAGCUCAAGCCGUGGUGCCCUUUAUCGCUGCCGGCAUCCCGGAGCUGAACGUGCCCUCCCUGGACCCCAUGCUGCUGAAGGUGGUCAAGUCAGAAGAGGCGGGGUUGAGGCUCACGCUGAAGAAUACUACGGUUACUGGGAUGAAGGAUUGCACGAUUGAAAAUACUAGGCUGGAGGCAGACAAGCUGGACGUGGUGGUGCGGUGUUCCGUGGUGCUGCGAGGCUGGUACAAGCUGCGAGGAUCGAUCCUCGUGCUGCCCAUCCGUGGGGAAGGCCGGAACACCAUCAAAAUCCGUGACAUAGUGAUCACAGCCAAUACCAGACUGGCCACAGUGAAGGGAGCCGACGGCCAGGAGCACUGGCACAUCAGCAAGUGGGAUCAUUCCUUCGAUGUUCGCACUAAGACCUCCUUCGACUUUGAGAACCUUUUCGAUGGAAACAAAGCAUUGUCGGACCCAGUCGACGCGAUAGUGAACACCAACUGGAAGCUUGUGAUGACGGAAAUAGCGCCCCCUAUCGUCCGCGCCAUCACCGAGCGCGUCGUCGCUGCGGUCGAAGCGUUCUUCGGGGCCGUGCCCGCCAAUGAGCUACAGAUACAAUAAUUUGUGAAAAUAUAG